GACAAGGACAAGGACAGACUCUGGGUGACAAGAGGAGAGGAGUUCAAUUUGCCCCACAGGGCACCAGGAGCAACAGACUGCAGUGCCUGAACUGGAAACACCACUGUGCAAAGCUAAUGCACAACCAUGGGAGACUGGAGCUUCUUGGGUAAUAUUUUAGAGGAAGUAAACGAACACUCCACUGUGAUUGGCCGUGUUUGGCUCACAGUGCUGUUUAUUUUCCGCAUUUUGAUUCUGGGCACUGCUGCAGAGUUUGUCUGGGGAGAUGAGCAGUCCGAUUACGUGUGUAACACACAACAGCCAGGCUGUGAAAAUGUUUGUUAUGAUGAGGCCUUUCCAAUCUCCCACAUCCGUCUCUGGGUGUUACAGAUCAUUUUUGUAUCCACACCUUCACUUGUGUAUGUUGGUCACGCUGUCCAUUACAUCCACAUGGAGGAGAAACAUAAGGAGCAUGAAGAAGCUGAGAUUAGCCACCAACAGGAAAUGGCUGAGGAGCGUCUCCCUCUAGCAACUGAUCAGGGAAGUGUUCGCACAACCAAGGAGACAAGCACGAAAGGUAACAAAAAGUUCAGACUUGAGGGCACCCUGCUUUGCACCUACAUUUGCCAUAUCAUCUUCAAAGCUCUGUUUGAAGUAGGCUUUGUGGUAGGACAAUACUUUCUGUAUGGGUUCCGCAUCCUGCCACUGUACAAGUGCAGUCGCUGGCCAUGCCCCAACACAGUGGACUGCUAUGUCUCCCGACCUACCGAAAAGACCAUCUUCAUCAUCUUCAUGCUUGCUGUUGCUUGCGUUUCACUGUUGCUCAACUUCGUGGAGAUUAGCCACCUUGGCUUGAAGAAGAUCCGCUUUGUAUUCCAUCGGACAGCUCCAGCACAGUUGGAGCGUCUUGGUCCACCUGAGAGGAGCCUACCAUUUCUCCUAACUACCCCUGUCCAAAAAGCCAAAGGAUAUAGGCAUCUUGAAGAGGAGAAAAAUGAUGAGGUUGCACACAUAUAUCCUCUAGCUGAGGUCUGUAUGGAAGAGGGACAAUUUUUCCAACCUCAACUAGAGAAGGAACUGAAAAGCAGUCAGGAGGCAGUUAUUCAAACAGCACCCUCUGUAGAGGAGACAGUCAUAUGCGAUGAGACUCAGCCCUUCUUUAUUCAGUUCACAGAGACUGUCCCAAAGCUACUGCAAGAGAAAGAGGAGCCACGUCGGGAGGGAGAUGAGGUAGACAAUUUAAAGGCUUUGACAGCAUUGCAAGUAUUGAAGGAAAAAUCAGAAGGCAUGAGUGUGGAAGAAACAUAUUUAAUAUCACUUGAAGAGUGUCUUGAAAUAGAACAAGGGGAAAUAGCCAGUAGAGAGGAGACUGAGGAGAAGUUGGUGAAAGAUAGUAGCUUAGUUAACACAGAGGGUGAGUUAAGAUGGGAGGAAAACUUUUCAGAUGGUAGAAAAGAGCAACAAACAUUACAGGAAAUUGGUGAAUCAGAGGACAACACCUUUAAGGUCAAGGGGUUGAGGGAAGAGCAGGGUUUACCUGAUUUGGUGGCAGAAGGGACAGAUGUUGAGGAGUCUUAUGGUGAGAGACAACUAUGUCAGAUAAUGCCUUUUUUAAAAGAGGAUGUUCUACAGGAGUUAAAAUCUUUAGAGUAUGGGGAUGUUACUGGGGAUCUGGACAAGUCCAAAAUAUUUGAGGUUGCACGAGAGCCAGAGGAUUUAGGGGAGGUUGUAGGGUCAAAGGAAUUAGAACAUUUAUCUGUAGGGGAUGUUGUAGAUGCAGGAAGGGGUGGAGCUCUAGAGGAUGUAGGGGAUGCAGGAAGGGGUGGGUCUUUAGAGGAUAUAGUAGCCACAGGAGUAGGUGAAGCUGUAGAGGAUGUUGUAGAUGCAGGAAGGGUUGGAACUUUAGAGGAUGAAGCAGACCCAGAAGUGGGCGGAGCUGUAGAGGAUAUAGUGGAUAGAGGUAAGCAUGAAGCUUUACGAAAUCUAGUCAAGACAGAUGAGGAUAGAACUCUUGAAACUGUAGUUGAUUCAGGUAAGGAGGAAGCUCUAGAUAAAGCUUUAGGAGUUGCAGUGGACUUAAAACAGGUGGAAACCUUAGAGAAGGAGGGGGUAUCUUUGGAGAUAGAGAAUCCAGAGAAGGAUAAAGGUUCUAGGGGGUGGGAUGGGUCAAAGAAAGAAGAGGAUUUUGUGGAAACUGUAGAAUCUGAGAUGGCAGAGAGUUCUCAAGAAUCACAAUUCUUGGAAGCCAUAGAAGAGAUGAUGGAUGUUUCAUUUGGAACUUUGGAACUAGAGACAACAGAGAGGCUUGAGGAAACAAGACCAUUAAGCCGUCUCAGCAAAGGGAGCAGCAGAGCCAGGUCAGAUGAUCUUACAAUAUAACUGACCAACAAACAAAGUUAGCCAAAUAAUAUAUACAGGCAAAUCUUUGAUACCAAAAUGCCAAAGUGCCACAUAAUCAGUAGGACCACAAGCAUGGUUCAACAAGAUAUUACAUUUUUACACGUUUGAUAAAUAAUUACAAGAAACACAUUUUUAAAAACUUAUCUUAAGGGCAAAAGCAUAGCUAAUAGCUUAUGAAUACCAAACUUUAAACAUUAGCUGAUUUCUGAAAGGUAGAUCAUUUCUCACAAUGAAAAUGACCAAGAACAUAUUUUCCAAACUUUAUUUAGGCAAGUAUUUAAAUGAAUUGUGUUUUUAGCAAUUAAAAGUUUGGAAAAUAUGUUCUUGUCUAGACAUAAUAUAUUUACAUUUAUUCACCAAUCCCCUGCUGUUUUAUCCCAUUUAAUACAAAUCCCAUGCAAAAUAGUCAAAGACUCAUAUUCUAAAUAUUAUAAUAGUAUAUUUUUGAAUGAUGAUGUUUAUCUAUACUUUAUUAUACGCUGAUGUUUUGUGUGUGUGUGUGUGUGUGUGUGUGUUGUUGUUGUUGUUUGUUUGUUUGUUUGUUUGUUUGUUUUAUCCUGGUCCAUAGAAUUCUUUUUUCAUUACCUCAGAACUGCUUACCAAUGGUUUUCAAGUCCAUUAUAAAGGAUUUUUAAAGGAUUUAAGGAAAUUGUUAAUAUUUUGAAUAGGAUCAUAUCAUUUUGUAACUGAGAAUUGUUAUUCUCCUAUAAUUUAGUUAGGGUCUCUUUUUUUGUGUGCAAAUUUAAACUUUUGGAUGUUGCAAACACUGAAUAGUGGGAUCAAUGUUUAAAUAGAUUGUAUCAUUAAACAGAAAAUCAAAUUUGUAUUAUCUGUGUAAUAUUCACCAAGUACAAUGAUAGUUUCCUAGGUUAUAUGUUAAGAUUUUAUCUAAGGAUCACAA